UAUGGGUGCAUAUAUCAGUGAGAUCAAAACACUAUAGGAAUGUAUGUAUUUUCUACUGAAAAUGUGUUCGUUUGAAGGACAUUUCUUUCAGAAUAAUGUAGAAGAUGUGUAAAUUCACGUCAAAUGUUGUUUUAAGACAACAUUUUAGCUUUUUAAUGUCUCGUUCAACAUUGAAAACUUUAAGAGGAUAACGACCGUAAUUACGGUAGAAGUUGGCCGGUUAGUGAGGAAGAAAUUUCUUUAAUGCGCUUUUAAAACGGUUAGUACGGUAGACUAGCCGCGCCUACGUUUCAGGCUGGUUUCAGGAAGUGAGAAUCACUGUCAAAAAGCUUUAAUCUAUGCAAGAAGUGAACUGUUGAAUGUCUCACGAAAUCGUUGUUGUUUUACAAUAAAGUGGUGAGCCAAGAAUAAGGAAGAUGUUUUCUCCGCGGGUCCUGAAGUCUGCAUCGUCCCUAAUGUGCAGAGGGUUUUCCACGAGUCAAAUGUGCCGACAAGGGAAGGCACCAGAUAUGGCUGAGGGAAACACAUUUUUACUUGUGAGCAAUGUUCGCAACAGGCUGAGGGAGAUAGUCGGAGCAUCCACCAACUGGAAAGAUCAUCAGCAAGCAUUAGCUGAGCGUGCAUCACUAAGCCAGUAUCUUGCUCAGAGUCAAGAUGAACUUCCUGUAAAGACAAUGAAGGACAGUGCAAUUGAGGCGCAUCUUCCUCUGGGUACCCAGCCUGCCUUGAGGGAGAAAUACCUCAACUAUCACAACAGUGUCAGGUUUGGAAGGAUUUUGGAGGACUUGGACAGUUUAGCAGUGCUCAUCUGUUACUCUCACACAUGGAAUAAGGAGCUGAAAAGAUCUCCACUGUCUAUUGUCACCGCCCUAGUGGACAAGAUCGACAUGAGAAAAAACAUCAUCUACCCUGACUGUGACAUCAAGUUCACAGGUCAUGUGACGUGGGUUGGCAAAACCUCAAUAGAAGCUAAAAUGCAUAUGUCUCAGUAUCAUGAUGGGGCAUACACUGAUGUAUUAGAUGCCACUUUUGUAAUGGUGGCUCGAGAUCCUGAAAAUAAAAGGGCAGCAUUUAUAAACCCACUAAAACUAGAGAGUCCAGAGGAAGAGGCAAUUUUUCAGCAAGGAGAGAUUAACAAGACGAGGCGUGUGGAGCUGAGCACAGCGUCUCUUCUGAAAGUGGCUCCUACAGCUGAGGAGAGGACUCUCAUUCACAACCUGUUCCUCAACACUCUAGACACACGAACUGUCAGCUUUCGGAGUCGUAUUUUAGCGCCCAACUCAGUGUGGAUGGAAGAUGCCAAAAUGAAAGGGCUUGAGAUUUGCCAUCCACAAGAAAGAAAUAUCUUUAACCGGAUAUUUGGUGGUUUUUUGAUGAGAAAAGCCUAUGAACUUGGUUGGGCGAAUGCCUGUGCAUUUGCUGGAUGCAGACCAACGCUGGUGGCUGUAGAUGACAUCGUAUUUCGGAAGCCAGUAGAAAUUGGCUCUUUGCUAUUGCUGUCCUCACAGGUUUGUUACACAGAAGGGAUGCACAUCCAGGUCAGGGUUCACACAGAGGUGCUUGACCCAUUGACCCGGCAACACAGCACCACAAACGUGUUUCACUUUACUUUUCAUGUUGAGAAGGAUAUCCCAGCUGUUGUACCACAGAGCUAUGGAGAGUCUAUGCUUUACCUGGAUGGAAAGAGGCACUUUGAUGAGACCAUGAGGAGUCAAGGUUGAGCAUCUGGGAUGUGCUGAUAGGAUGAGAUUCCUGGCAAAGCUGCGAUGACGGUCACCGCUGAAGUUACAUAAGAGUGUGUAUGUGUGGAUUCAUACAUACAUUUUAUUGACCUCUGCAUUUUACAUAAAUGUAAAUAUAGUUUUUUUUUCAAUUUUAAGCUUCCAGUGGGAGAGGAGCAUUUAGUGAAAUGGUUUUUUGAUUGUGGCAAUAUUGAACCUAUUUAGUCAUUAAGACUUAUAACAAGACCAUGUUUUGUUUGCACUACAGUGUCAUUUAUAAACCAUGUGAUUUUGGUUGUACUGGUGGAAUUAACCUGUUUUGUACUGGUAUCAACUGGUAUCCUGGAAAAGUAUGUUCAGUAUAUGCACAAAUUCUGAGAAUAAGUCCUGUCUUCCUUUCUUGAUCUCCUCAAAAGAUAACAAGGAGAUCCUAAACUGGAGAUCAAAUUAUGAGGGCAGUGCCUCACAAAAACACUCCAAAAACUUUACCAAGCACAUUUGGUCUGGAGAGCAUAGUAUGGAUAAGGAUAUGGAUAUUUGCUGUUAAAUCUUUGUAUGUUUUAGAAUGCUGACAAAUUGGCUUAUAUAUAAACAUCUGUUUUUGUAUUUUUAUUAUUUUAAAUGCAACAAACAAACAUGGACAUUUGCAAAAGAAGGUUAGUACGGUCCUAAAAUGGACUCUGUAGGAGGUUAACAUGUAAAAAAAAUUGUAUACGAGUGGAAGUUCAGGGCGAUUAAUAUGAUGCCUUUCAUGUACACACUACCUGUGCCAGAAUGAUCCAAAAAUGACCAACGAAUGCAUGCCUUUUCAAUGUUUUUGAUCACAAAUUAUAUUUAGCAUCAUUUAUUUUUAAAAUUAUUUUAUGUUUGUAUAAGUAUUCCUGUUUGUUUCUUAUUAACACGGAACCUUAAAUAUGCUUAUUUACAUCUGUAUUAAUGGACUAACAUUUGCCUUAUGUAUAACACACAUUUCAGAGGUGUAUUCUCUUUUUUUAUUUAUUCUAUGAGCGAAAGUGUCCAAUGGUAUUUGUUUGGUCAUGUGAUCUAAACACAGAGAGGCGACCCGCUCCAUGUACAAUAAAAUAAAAUUGUAUUAGGGUACUUGUGA